AUGACGAAUACAGCGGACGACUCUCAAGGAGAAACAUCAAACCAAGGUGAAUUAAAUGUUUUAAAUAAUUCUCAAAGGGGUUCUUUUGUUGGACAAAUGAGCCAAAUCACAGAAUUUAAACUUGAGGAAGAGGAUUUUUCUAAUGUUAAAGUUAAAAAUUGUUGUAAAAAAUUAAAAUUGUAUGUUAUUGAAAAUGGUGGUCCUCCUAUAAUAGGAAGAGAUUGGCUUGGGGAGUUUGACAUUUUUUCUUCCAAAUUAGGCAAUAACUCAUUGGCAUGUGAUGAUAUUAGUAAGUUGUUUCCUUCAGUAUUUAAAGAUACUUUGGGUUGUUACAAACUCAAAGAAUUUGAAUUAUAUUUAAAAGAGGAUGUUGUUCCUAUUUUUUGUGAACCUAGAGUUUUACCUUUCGCUCUCAAAGAUAAAGUGAGUGAGGAACUUGAUAGAUUGGUUAAGGAAGAUAUUUUGGUGGCAGUUGAAACGUCUGAGUGGGGAACUCCGAUAGUGCCUGUUAUUAAAGCAGUUUGGUCGAUUAGACUAUGUGAUUUAUCUCAAGCUUACCAACAGUUACCUUUAAGUAUGAAUAGUCAAAAAUUGACUACCAUUUCUACACAUAAGGGAUUAUUUAUGUAUAAGAGAUUACCUUAUAGAGUAACUUCUGCUCCUGGGAUUUUACAAAGAGAAAUGGAAAGUAUGUUGAGUGGUUGUGAAGGUGUUGGUUGUUUUUUUGAUGAUAUAGUUAUUUCAGGUAUUGAUAAGCCAGAAGUUAAUGAAAGAUUACAUAAAGUUUUGAGGAAGUUGGAUUCUGCAGGGUUAACAGUGCGCAAAGAGAAAUGUGAAUAUUAUAAGACUAAAAUCACUUUUUUAGGUUAUUCUAUUGAUGAGAAAGGACUUCAUAUUCCUACUGAUAGAAUAAAAGCAAUUUCAGAGGUACCUACUCCAAAUAAUAUUCAUGAAUUAAAAGCUUUUUUGGGACUUGUAAACUAUUAUGGUAAAUUUGUACCUAACAUGUCUACUGUAGCGAGCCCUCUAUACGCAUUAUUAAGAAAUAAUAUUAAAUUUAUAUGGGGAAAAGAGCAGAAAAAAGGAUUUGAUGAAAUUAAAAAAAUAUUAUUGUCCAAUAAGGUUCUAAUUCAUUAUAAUACUGAUUUAGAAUUGAUAUUAGCUUGUGAUGCUAGUCCAGUGGGCCUAGGAGCGGUGUUAUCACAUAGGUUACCUGAUGGUAAAGAUAAACCUAUUGCUUUUACUUCCAGAACUUUAACAAAGAGUGAACAAGGCUAUUCGCAAAUUGACAAAGAAGCUCUUGCUUUAGUAUAUGGUGUUAAAUAUUUUCACCAAUUUUUGUAUGGUAGGAAAUUCAUAUUAAGAACGGAUCACAAGCUGUUAAUUAGUAUCUUUGGUGAGGGUAAAGGGAUUCCUACAAUGGCGUCUCACAGGUUACAGAGAUACGCUAUAUUUUUGUCUGGAUAUUCUUUUACAAUUCAAUUUAUUAAAGGAUCAGAUAAUGGUAAUGCAGAUGCGUUAUCUCGUUUACCAUUAAUUAAAUCGGAUAAAAUUAAUUUUGAAGAAUCAGUAUCAGAUUUAGAUAUUUGUAAGGAAGUUAAGAGGGAUUUGGCUCUUAAAGAAGUUUUUCUUAAAGUUUUUACUGGUAAUUGGCCAGAUAACAUAAAAAAUAUUUCUGAUGAAUUGAAACCUUAUUAUUAUAGGAAAAAUGAGUUAGCAAUCGAACAAGGAUGUCUUAUGUGGGGGCAUAGGUUGAUUAUACCAACAAAAUUCAGGAAGGAGUUGUUACAGGAAUUACACAGUACGCAUUUAGGGAUUGUCAAAAUGAAAAAUCUUGCUAGAUCUUAUGUGUGGUGGCCUAAGAUUGAUAAUGAUAUUGAAAAAAUAAUAAAAGAAUGUGAAAAAUGUUUGGCAUACAGUGAUAAUCCGCCUAGGUCAGUUUUACGUAGUUGGCCAUGGCCAGAAGGCCCUGCCCAAAGAGUUCAUUUGGAUUUUAUGGGUCCAGUAAAUGGAAAUAUGUUUGUAUGUGUUAUUGAUGCUUAUUCUAAAUGGGUUUUUAUUAAAUACAUGAAAAAUAUUACAACAUUUUCAACAGUUAAAGUAUUGAAAGAAUAUUUUUCAUUGUGGGGCAUUCCUGCUAAACUAGUCACAGACAAUGGUCCAUCGUUAUGUUCUGAGGAUUUUGAAUUAUUUUUGAAAAACAAUGGGGUUUUUCAUAUUAAGACUUCACCAUACAACCCCUCAUCUAAUGGUGCAGCUGAAAAUUUGGUUCGCAUUUUUAAGAAUUAUUUAAAGAAAUGUUCUCAAAAUUCAGAUUUAGAAACUAAUAUUUAUAAAUUUAAUUUAUCUUACAAUAGUUCUAAACAUGGUGCUACUGGAGUAAGCCCUGCUGAAUUACAUUUGGGUAGAUCAUUAUUUACUUCAUUGGAUAGGUUACUUCCUUUCGCAAAAAGUAAAUAUGAUAAAAAUUUAGAAAAUGCAGCUAGGAAUAACAGAGGUGGUAGAGAGAAAAAGUUUGAUAUUAAUGAUAAAGUUAUGUGUAAGAAUUAUGGGAAAGGUGAGAAAUGGUUACCAGGAGUAAUUCUUAAGAUUUUAUCUCCAGUAACAUAUUUAGUUAGUGUUAAUGGUUUUUGCGUUUGGAAACGUCACAUUAAUCAAAUAAUUGGGAGAAUGGAGUCUCAGGAUAGAGUGUUAGUAGUUCCUUUGCAGGAGAAAGGAAUAAGUGAUAUUGGUAUUAGUGAAGUAGUGGGUGAAAAGGUUGAGGACUUACAAAAGAGGGAAGGUGAAUUGAUUGAUGAAGAGAUAAGUUUGGGUAAAGAGUUGUUGGAGCCAACCAGAUUUAAAUCUAUUAUUAGUAGUGGCUUUUCUGAUAAUGUCCAGAGUAAAGGAAAACUGUUAGUGAAAAGUCACCAUGUGAUAAACGUUAAAGAAAUAUUAUUAGGUAACAAUAGUCAAAUUAAUGGCCAUGUUAUACGGCAAGCUUCAGUUACGUUGCAUCCAUAUCUAGUGAAACUCGUAGUUAAUGGGUCUAACAGAGAUGUUGUAGAAGCUGUAUGUCAAUGUCCAGCAGGUAUUGGUGGAAAAUGCAAACAUGUAUAUGCAUUAACACAUUAUAUAAAUACAGAGAGUGGUCAUUCUAAAACAAGUGAUCGAUGCGAAUGGAAUGAACCCAAAAUUUCAAAGGCAGGAAAAGAAAAAUAUUGUAAGGGUAAAAGAAUAGAGGAACUAUUUCCACCUAAGUCUGAUAAGUUGACACAGUGCACCCAUACAAACACAAUUUCUAAUUUCAUAACACCAUCUUUGUUUAAAAUUGUCUAUGAUGAAGAAAAAAAAUCAGAGUAUUCUGCAGAGCGUAUAACAAAUGCAUGA